AUGGAGAUCUAUGUGAGAGUAGUGACUGCUGCACUGGUGUCCCUUGCAGCUGUCAAUGUUGCUUCAGCGCACGACCGCUGCAAGUUUAUGCAAGAAGUACGGAGGCCACCAAGGCCGUACUUCCCAGAUGAGAAUCGCACAGGAUUAACAUGGAGACAGCAACCCUUUUUGCCGGCAUUUGACAGAGAUGAGGUGUGUGUAAGUGAGUUCUUUAGUGGAUUGCUCCAGGUAAUUUAUAUGGAAGAAGAGAUUGAGGGGGAUGUGGUUCUUGCGAAAUUUAACUAUCAUGGUCCUGAGGUGCCAAAGAUUCUAUCAUCCUUCCUGAGAGGUUCAAAGAGCCGGCUAGGCCCAGUUAUCAAAAGGAUUCCUGAGAACAAAGGAGCCUGGCACCUCGUUAUUACUCAAAGACAAGACUUUGAGAUGCCUGAAAUGCAGUUCUAUGUGUUCCGUGUGCGUGUUGAUGGAGAAGCCACCGUACCCUUGGUCUCACUUUUGAUCGUCAAUAUAGAUGACAAUCCACCGAUAAUACGAGUCCCCGUUCCAUGCCAAAUACCCGAAACGGCAGAACCUGGUCUAACUAACUGCGUAUACACUGUAACUGACGCAGACGGACAUAUGAGUACAGCUUUCAUGACCUUUAAUAUGGAUAGUGACCGUAACGACGAAGAGAUCUUCGACCUAGAUUACGAGGUCGUGAGGGGUAAUCCGUUUCGGAUGAACUUAAAGUUAAAACUUAAGAGAACCCUGAAUUUUACAGAAUCUGCGCUUCACAUCUUCAGAGUUACAGCAAUUGACUCGCGUUUAAACAAUCACACAGCAACAAUUAUGGUACAAGUGCAAAACAUCGAGUCCAGGCCACCGCGAUGGGUAGAAAUAUUCGCAAUGCAACAGUUCGAUGAGAAGCAGGCAAUGAACUUUACUGUCAGGGCCUUGGAUGGAGACAUGGGCAUUGAUAGACCUAUAUUUUAUAGAAUUGAAACGGCUCCAGAAGAUCCAUUCUUCCACAUUAAAACAUUCGAAGGUGGUCGCAAUGGCUCGAUUUUGUCCGUCGACCCCAUAGACAGAGAUACUCUCGAAAGAGAAGUGUUCCAGUUCGCUAUAAUCGCUUUCAAAAAUGAUGACGUCGGUAAUGAAGCAUUUUCGACAAGAGACAACAUUCUCAUCAUAGUUAACGAUAUCAACGACCAGAAACCAGAGCCGUUUCAAGCCGAGUACAACAUAAGUAUCAUGGAAGAGACAGCUGCGACACUGAACUUACAAAACUUUGGGUUUCAUGAUCGUGAUCUCGGUGACCAUGCUAUAUACACAGUGGAAAUAAUAGCUGAUGGUCCACCGGGUGCCGAGGCAGGUUUCCAAAUUUCACCAUCAACUGGAUACCAGCGUCGAAACUUCAUAUUGACAACGUUGAACCACCACUUGCUUGACUUCGAAGACAGAGACUUCCAAAAUAUUACAUUAAGGAUCGUUGCAACAGACCGGAAUAACACACAGUUCGUACGAGAGGCAAUUAUGAAUAUAAACCUUAUCAACUGGAACGAUGAGCAGCCAAUCUUCUACGAGAACAUACAGACAGUUACGUUUAAAGAGACAGUUGGUAGAGGACACUUCGUAGCCAACGUCACCGCAACCGACAGAGACAUCGACGACCGAGUUGUCCACGAACUCCUGGGCAAUGCUGGCAACUUCUUGUGGAUCGAUCCAGCCCGUGGUUCCGUCUACGUGUCUGUUGAUAACGCAUUUAGCUAUCAAAGGCAAAGCGAACUGUUUAUACAAGUACAAGCUGUGGAUACCCUUGGCGACGGACUGCAUCACACAGCCACUUCGCAGCUAGUUAUUCAGCUCAUUGAUGUCAAUAAUACACCGCCAAGUCUUAGAUUGCCUCGGGCCCGUCCUGAAGUAGAGGAGAACGUUCCAGUCGGAUUCCCAAUUGAGGUGGAGGUUGCAGAAGGUAUGCCUGCUCAAGAAAUCAUCGCAAUGGACCCGGAUACAGAUGCUGAGCUUGUCUUUGAGAUUGAUUGGACCACGUCGUAUGCUACAAAGCGAGGACUGGAAACACCAGCAACAGAGUUCCACAACUGCAUAGAGAUACAAACGGUAUAUCCAAACCCUCAAGACACGAGCACAGCCGUGGGCAAGCUGUUUGUGAAGGAGAUCCGACCGGGUGUCACCAUCGACUUUGAGGAGUUUGAGAUACUCUACAUCACUGUGCGAGUGAUUGACCUCAAAACUGAAAUAGGAUUAAAUUAUGAUGAAGCUACGUUCACGAUAAUCGUAAUUGACAUGAACGACAACAAGCCUCUGUGGGCGGACUUAACUCUCGCUCAGGAGUUCAGGGUUCGCGAGAGGUCCGACACGGCGUCGUCAUCGGCUCAGGGCUGGCCACGGACCUCGAUGGGCCUCUCUACAACCAACACGAGAGAAGACACUCCCGAUGAAUUAGCCCAAAUUGACUUUAACACGGGCCAGAUCACGGUGAAUACCCUCCAUAAGAUCGAUGCUGAUAAACCUGCGACUUACCAUUUGCACUACACGCUGCGAGCCAGCGACGAGUGUUAUGCUAAACACAUAGAGGACUGCCCACCAGAUAGGACAUACAAUUAUAGUGACUGCAAUGUGCCCAGUUUUAUCAAACACGUUACAUUGGAAAUAAUAAUAAUUAUGUUCAAGAAACAUUCUUGCGAGUUGAAACUCGGAUCUGACAGCAUGUUACCCAAAAGCAAAACAUUCUGGGGUAAUGUUUACCGCAAAUUUCGAAAGUUGACUCAGUUGUCUAUGCAUCAUCCGGACAGGUCUACCUAUUACAGAAGCUACUCAGCCGUAGUGGCUGAAAGACAGCGCCUAAUUCUCGAAGCUGGCGAUCGUGUUAUUCAUCCUCUUAGUUUAUUCAGUUUAGUCUGGAUGUCAAUCAUGAUAUUUGUGAACCUAGCGCACAUGACAUUGUCUCCGUUCCGUUUAUUCUACGUGUUGGAGCCAAUAAACGACUUAAAGCUGCAGAGUACUGACAAACGACUGCUAGUCUUCCAGAUCCUAUGUUUGACCGACGUAUUUAUAAAUUUUAACAUGGGAUAUCACGACAAAAGAUUCUCAUCUAUAAUCUUGGAAAGAAAAUCAAUCGCUUGUCGCUACCUGAAAACUUGGUUACUGUUCGACUUGAUCUCCUGUACACCGAUAGCCUUCUUUAUGUUAUGGAUCGGGAUUGAGAACCACCGUUAUAUUCUUGGUGCUCAUAUACUGCCACUGUUUAGAAUUACCAGGAUCUAUACAGUCACUUCCAAUUUGAAGACUAUUACUAAGUUGUUCUCCGGAUCUUACAUAGUAAUAGGGUUAGUGCGGAUCCCGGUGCUUUUGCUCCUUAGUGUACAUUGGUGUGCUUGUCUAAUGUAUCUAUCCCCCGUCCUCAUUUACUACUGGACGGCUAAAUUGCCUGUCGAUUACAAUUUUUACUUACAAAAUGUAGGGGACGAUGUCAAUUUGAUGAGGUUCUCUGUUGAUUAUCGAUAUGGAAAAGCUAUUAUAAUUGUUGUAUCCGCCUUCCUUGGCACUGGUUACUCAAUGUUUCACUCGAGCUUACCAGACGAGUUGUUGGUACAUUCCUGCAUUAUUGUUUACGCGGCUAUAUUUAUGGUUUUUACUUUAGUGUUUUUCAUCAAAUCGUAUCUGACGAUGUACGACUCAACGAUACGUUAUAAUGGGCUUAUCAAUCAAGUAGAAGAAUAUAUGACAUACAGACAAUUCCCUGUUAAAUUAAAGAAACGUGUACGAGCUUUCUAUGAAUACAGAUAUCAGCAACAUUACUUCAAAGAGUCAAAUAACCUCCAGUGUCUAUCCGAACAACUACGUGAUGAAGUUCAACUACACACAAGUCGUUCACUCAUCGACAAGGUGAAACUCUUCGAAAAUAUCUCUCCGAGUACGGUCGGAACGAUUCUUGGAUGCCUCCACCCCGAAGUGUACCUAGCUAAUGACUUGGUUAUAGCUGCUGGGGAUCAGGGGGAUUGCAUGUAUUUCAUAUCUACCGGCACCGUAGCUGCGUAUUCUGCGAAUGGCGUUGAAAUAUGCCAUCUCGAAGACGGUGCACACUUCGGUGAAGGGGCUCUACUCAUGAAGGACCAUAAGCGGCCGGCCACCAUAGUAGCAAUUGAGAACUCACAGUUAUACAGAAUGGAUGAGGAAGACUUCAGCCGCCAUAUAAUGUCACACGCGGUGUUACGUGACCGGAUCCAGUCUUUGGGGUCUCGUCGCAUGCACGAAAUAGUCUUAGUAGAUGAUGCUGUGCGCAAAGAAAGAGUAAAACACUUAUCAACGGUAAACAACAACCUAGAUCCUUCAACACUGUGUGGCUUAUAA